GGGCUUGCAUGGGCCGGCAGGGGGAAGGGGAGCCUCCACGGAGCCCCACCCCACCCCAUGGCCUACAGUGAGCCCCCUGAAGGGGCUAGAGUUUAUAUUCCACCCUGCCUAAAGUGGCUUAGGGUGGUCCUCUGAGUCUGGCUGAAAAUGAUUAAAAGCAGCUCUUUCCGUUGACCUGAUGCUAAAAGAGCACAAGAAGAGAUAACAUUUCCUGAGGAGUCAUUUUGGCUUCAUGUUCAAAAUGUGUAUUUCUCGCCUGAGGAUUAACAAGGCUGUGAAAUAAAUUUCAAAGCAUCAAAAAGGAGAGUGAAAUAUGGAAUCUUCUUUGCUGAGCAUCCUGAUGGAAUUACUCAUCUUGAGGAAAGGACUUGAGAUCUCCGGUGGGCGGGAGCUCCCAUUGGCUGCCGGAGAACACAUGACCACCAUGCUGGUUGUCUCAGUUCCUCCCUCCCUGCUUGCUGCACGCACGAGGAGUGGAGCGGAGCAGCUUGCGAGAGCUGCUGCUGCUGCUGGGGACGUUCCUUGACUCUGUCUGCCUGCCUGCCGUUUGCCCACCACACUGCCCUCUGGCUGCAUUUUAUUCUUCUGUUCUGCAUUAACAAACUGCCAGUUUAUGGAAGAUCAGCUGCAAGUCUGGGGAGCAGGUCUCUCUUCCCUGUGAAGGAGGGAGCCCUGGUGCACAUUGGUUUUGGUUUCCUCUUACUCCCAGAUGUGCCAACAUUAAAAGUACUAGUGUGGAAAUAAUCUUGGCCAGUACAAGAGGUGAGGUGACUCCUGCUCGAUUCAGCCGGCGCCUAAGGCUCAAGACAGAAGGAUUAGUUCUCAAGAAUCUGGUCAUGAGUGAUUCAGGCACCUAUGUCUGCCGCCUCCUCAAUGGUUCAGAACGUAACACCACCCUGGAGGUCAGACCAGGCUGCCACAACAAUCUCUCUGUCUCCUUCCAUCAGCUCAAUCCCUCCACUUUGCUGCUCAAUUGCUCUCACUGCCCACCACAGCGCAAGGCAGGCUCAUUUCGCUGGACAUUUGGCUCUAGCUCUAACCCGCUGGGCAACAGAGAGUGGGCUAAGAAGAACAAUAAUGGGGCCUCCGUAACUUUGCAUCCCACAACAUCCAUCCCACAAUACGUUUGGGGACUCUGGCAGUGCCGUUCUGUUGCCAACCCCACAUGGGGGUCUGAAAUCUGCUUGAUUCCACCCACAGAAGCAAAGGAUGCAGGCGACUUUGGCAUCGGUGGAGAUUUUGUUUCAACUAAGCCUACCUCUUCGGUGCCAGGCUGGUGGACUACAGCAGUAACUGCAGGGCAUGAUGCAAAGGGGAGUGAAGUCUGGAUUUGGACUUUGCUGUCAGCUGGGUUAGCUCUAAUGGCCAUAGGCCUGGGAAUGGCCAUGUUGUUUUGGAAGAGAGGGCUGAUACGCAGGAAAUACAGAAGGAGAAAGAAGGAGAAAGAACAACUUUCCCUAAGUCCAGUCAGAGUUCUCCUGCACAAUAAUGAGGAGAUAUGCAACAGUUUGGAUGAGGGAUCUGCCUCCCUUCAUUAUGCACAACUUCAACAUCCCUCAAGAAUAUCCUCCUCCAUUUGGGCUUCGGACAGCACUACAGUGUAUGCAGUAAUUGUCUGAUAACGGUUUCUGUCAUUUCCUCCAUGUACUGUAAGACCCAAAUAUCAUUUCCUGACUCGCAACCACAAACAUACACUUUUGCUGCCUCAUUUCCCUCUAAUGCUUCUGCUGGAGCUCUCCGGAACCAGUUGAUAUAUUUGUGACUUUCCCCCCCUCUAAUUUUAUAAGUCUUAACCACCCCAAAAUCUACUGCUUUCAUAAAUGGCUCUGCCCUUCCUUCCAUGCUGCCCCCUUUGCAUUGGACCACCUCCCCCUCUUCUUAUAGACACCUUCUCAAAGGCCACCUCUUCCAUAAAGCCAUCAGCUUAAACCUUUAGGCAUCACCUUGAACUAUGACUAAGCUUAUGCCCACGUAAGGGCAUCUUUGCAUAUCUAUCCCAUUACCUCUCUUUGUCCCUUUCAUCCUCCUCUUUCCUUCCCUCCAUCUCUCCCAUUGCCAAAAUUUAGCUUGCAAGCUCAUUGGAGCAGGGACUUUUUUUUUUUUUUUUAAAUUAAGUUACGCUGCCAAAGACCACGUAUAUUGAUGGCACUGUAGAAAUAAAUAAAUAAAUUAGCGCUGGGUCAGAAGAAUGCUUGCAGCAGGAACUGGUCUUUUCUUUAACUGCUUUUUAUGGUGAUUUUAAAAAAAAACCCAACUUAAAGUAUAUAUGAGGAAGGAAGGUUUAUACCAUUAAAUGUGUCAAAUUCAGAACUUUUGUUUAAAUAAACAAACAUGAUCACCA